AUGGAUGAGCAACAGCCCUCGACAAGCGCGUAUACAGAUUCUCAUGAACCUGUCACAGAAGAGACAAAACAAGAAGUGACCGAUACUGUGCAUUUUUUCGUCAACGCAUUGAAAGAAGGGGGUGUUAUAAAUUCGGAAGCAAGCAGCUGUAUUUCCAUGCGUUCAAAACUGAUGGGCGAGGGUAUUUUACAACGAUUUUGGGAAAUGCAAGGUGAGAUGGUGUUUGCUGAUAAUCUCCGAACACUGCAAAAGAAAGGAGCUACGUGUGCCCUGAAACGCAAGAAAGACUUGACACAGUGGGAGAAAGACAUCGAAAAAGGAGGAACAAACUGGGAUAAGUACACUACCAUAGAUAAAUGGACGUUCGAUCGAUUCAUUGAAGCUAGACGACGUAACGAGCACGUGACAACCAGAAUACUGCAACAGUGGGCUGCAAGUGCAGCACUUCAGUAUACAACUGAUACUGACUUCAAAUUCAGCGCAUCAUUGUCGUGGGUGAAAAACUUCAAACAGAAGCAUAGAAUCCGGCAACGUCACGUCACGAAAUACGUCUCGUUCAAAGACACAAUGACGUUCGAAGAUACACUGGAAGUAGCAGAUCUCUUUCAGAAACAGACGGCACCUCUUAUCAGCGCAUUCAAUCCUGAUUACGUGAUCAACACCGAUCAAACGGGUUGCGAAUAUCGAAUGAACAUUCGACGUACUUUGUCCUACAGGGGAGAAAAAAAAACGCUUGUCGCAGUCGGUAGUAUUAAUAAAGUAACGCAUUCAUACAUGGCCCAGUAUUCAAUAACGGCUUCUGGCAAAUUAUUGCCGAAAGUUUUUCUGUGUUUACAGGAAGCUACCGACAAAUUCGGUCCUAGAGUGGCAAAAGAAGUAAAUCGUCUCACAAAUAUGUACAAAAACUUGUACGUUACAUGUUCGAAAUCUGGAAAAUUAACAACCGGUAUUUACAAGCUGUAUCUUCAACAUGUUUUGAAACCCUAUGUGGAAAAUAACAAAUUCUGCCUAGUAUUGGAUUCGUGGGGCGGAGAAACUGACAUGGUCAUGUACGACUCCAUGUUCACAGACGACCAGAGCCAACCGACAUGCACGAUAAAAGUUAUACCGCCGAAGUGCACACCCCUGUGCCAACCAUGCGACGUUUACUUCUUCUGCCAAGUAAAGAACUUUAUUUCAAAAUUGCAAAAUUGCCAUACACUUCUCGAAACACAGCGAGAACUUCAUAACCGAACUGAUGCCAUAACAAUUCAUAGCCUGAUACAUAAUCAGUUGUCGGCACCAAUAUUCCAGGCGAUGCUAUCCUACGCAUGGUAUGCAUCAAAAUUGAUUACGCAGAGACGUGUAUUCAUGAACGUUAAUCAACUUUGUUUUCCGAAUACUAUUGGGCGGGAGAAAUGCGUAUGCGUCAAGGUGGCUUUCAUCCAAUGCGCUUGGUGCAGGAAGUUCAUCUGCUUUCAAUGUUUUUAUGAUAGUUAUCACCCGAUGCACUGUGAAGGCGAAUUGCGACAAUCAGAGAGUGAGUGAGUGAGAUAAAGCGAGAGAGAGAUCGAACAAUCAUCGAAGAUUUUGUCAAACGUUGUAAGUGCCAAUUAUUAAAUUAAAAAAUUCGAUUUUACUUGCAGUUUCAGUACUAUUUUCAUUUAUUCCCGAGGUUGAUCACCGUGUGACGAUGUAAAGUCAAAAAUAAAGUCACAAGCCAGUGUAUCAAGCGCUCAACAAAAUAUCGUCGUAAAUAUUUGGUAAAUUUUCGGUAUCCUUAUGUGAGUUCACGGAACUCAUAUUAUGCUUAAUAAAAAUCAUUUCGGCCAAAAA